AUGUCUGACGUCAUAUUGCUGAGACGCUGCUCUCUGAGAGGACAUGACUUGUUGAGCAGCUAGUGUGGAUAUUUUAUAACAUCUCGUGAUUAAAGUGACGCAACAUCUUCCACCAUGCUGUCGUGUAAACGCAGCCUGAGCGGCUCUGUGCUGUCUGCUCUGCGGGCUGUGCGCAGUAAUCAGGUUGUCCAUGUGCAGAGACAGAGAUGUCUGUGCACACAGACAGACGGAGAGGCCCGCAUCGCCACCGUGCUGAAGGAGAAGUUUCCUUUAGCAGCAUCGCUCAGAGUUGUUGAUAUAUCAGGAGGUUGUGGGGCCAUGUAUGAGAUCCAUAUAGAGUCCUGUGAGUUCAAAGGAAAAAGGACCAUCCAACAACACCAAUUAGUCAAUCAGGCACUCAAGGAAGAGAUUCAAGGAAUGCACGGACUACGAAUAUUCACUGAUGUUCCAAAACAUUAGAGAAAGUCCUUCCACUGUUGACCCACAACUUUUUCCUUCGUUCACCAUAUCUAUUAUGAAUGUACAGUUUUAAAGAGGAUAUUGUGUAGUAAAUGAAUUCCAUGAUAAGUGUUAAUGUGUCAGUGGCAGAAAAGCAGAGGGACAUUGUCUCAUCGUCUCUGGCAGUUACACACUGACAGUGUGAAAUAUGUAAUAAAUGUAAGAUUACACUAAGUUAUGUAUUUUUUUUCUUAACUAGUGAGAUAUCUUCUACUCUGAGAUAGUACAUAAAACCGGUGAAGGCUACAAUACGCACAAAAUGACUUGGUAAAAUGCUAAUAAAAUGUCAAGUCAUGUAGGUUUCUGCCCAAUUUGGGGUCUUCUCAGGGUUGAUAAUAAUACUGGUGUAAUGCUAAGCAUUCAAGGAAGUAAUAAAUAAAACCGUCACUGGAGAAUUACUACAGA